UUCAGUGUCACCUGUCCAUGAAAUUUCAUUUUUUAUAACAGUGCUGCAAUAGUAUGAGAUUUCAUAUGGAGACAUUUUUGCGAAUGUCAGAAUCUCGGUUUGAUCAGUGGAAUUAAAUUAUUCCUGUGGGAGCAUUGAUUUUUAUAUGAUGACAAUUUUAAGCGAGGAACCUCAUUGGAGAACCCCACGCACACUGCAGGCUUUUAAAAUCCUCUCCUAAAUUUGAGAAAAAUCGAGGGAAAAUUCUUUAUUCCGUUAAUUUUGAAUAAUUAAUGACGAAUGCAUAAAAAUGAGUGUUAGUUUUUUAGUUUUUAUUUUAGUUCUUUAGUUUUAGUUUUGCAGUUUUAUCGAUGCGGACGAUCAACUCCUACCAGACCAAUUUUUAUUUACAGGCCAAAAUUUUAUCACGAUCUUCCGAAGACUCUAAUCUCCCGAAAAAAUUGAUAGAUUUUUCUGGCGAUACCGUUAUUAAAAUCGGUGAAAUCGGCUCGACCCUCGAGACGCGAGAAAAACGUUCGAGAUUCGCCCGAUAACAAAAGACUGAACAAACAUCAAGUGACUAAAUAAUCCACAGACAAACAUUUCGAUGAAUAUUUGUUCAGUGUACUUUUUAAAUUCCCCCUGAAUCCCUGCACCCCGAUUUCCUCAAUUCAAUUUGACUCAGUAAAAUUUUAAUGCUCUUCUCGUUCUAUAUUAUUGGCAAGAGUCCACCGGUGAAUGCUGGAUGACAUGGAGUUUGAACGUUGUCAAACUUAUCGAAGAAAUGAGAGUGACGAUGCAACUGGGACGAAUUGCACUAGUGUCAAGAGUGGAUCGGACAUUCAAUUGACAGCGCUCGACGGGAAAUUGGACUGGGCGGGGGAGCGAUGCAAUGUGGUGAAAAAUUGUCUGGAUUAUUACGCAAUGCUGUACCAGAGCGCGGGCCCCACCUCCAUGGACAUGACCAUGGAGAUACCCUACGUGGUGUCUCCCAGAUCGAGCCAGGUCGAUAGCCCCAGAAUUCCAAUAAUCCCCAUGAUCGAGGAGAUUCGAUUCAUCGAGAAGAUUGGGGCGAAUGAAGCCAAUGAGAAUGAGCAAAUUGAAAAAGACUUCCCCGAUUCUCCAAAACCUCCGAAACUAGCGUCAACCAUUGCCCUCGAACUGAAUAAGUCAUCAGUUCAAUUAAUUCCAAACACCUGGAGUGAAAAAUCCCUGCGACACGUUUUCUCAAUUAGCAACAAUCAAUUUUUUGAUCCCUCAAAUCCUGAGAUUAUAGAAACGCUCCCUCGAGAGCCGGAGAUUGUUUUAAAAUUGACUGAGAGACGAGAGAAAUCCGCUCGCGAUGAAGUAUUGAAACCCCGAGAAUUAUAUUCCGUGGUGCAAAGUAAAAAACCUGUAUCAUCGAGACAGGAUGAGUCCCCUCACAGAUUGAUGAAGAAGAAGAGGAGGAAGAUGAAGUUGAAGAGGUCUAAUUCAAAAAGCACUACUGCAAGUAAACAUGUGGCUAAUUUAUCGGAGACUAGGCAUGUUCGGAGGGUCAAACGUCGAGUGCACAAAGUUGAAGAGCCCCAGCCUCUCCCGAACGAUUCCCACGAGAAACCGCAAUCUCCGCGGAAAAAACUUAUGAAUAAAAAUGAACAAGAAGUGGUGGAAAUUUAUCACAAUGCUGCUGUUCAGAGUGUUCAGAGUAUUUCUGAGGCGUCCGUUAAACAACAGCUGAAGAUUCCGCCAGAGAGACCACUCAAAGAUGCCUCUAAGAACAUAAAAAACAGGAUUAAUCAGACGAAAGCGUCAGAACUGAAGGCCAAACCCAUUUUAAUCGUUAAAAAUCAAGAGGAAAAAGCGCCUGUGGCCAAUGAUCAAGCGGCGAUUAUCAGGAAACGGGAGGGGGAAUUACGGGUGAAAGAUCCCCCCGAGGAGUUCCACCCCCAGCCCGUCAGGACGUGGUACAACUCAUACGGUCAGCCGAAUUAUCAGCAGCCAACAUUCUCCUCCAGACUGAAAUGCGUCAACAGAUGCUACCUGACGGCUAGGUUCAACCUGAGGAACAUUCCGUUCGUCGUGGGAACCUCGAUCACCCCCAGUCACAACAUAGGGUUGAAUAUUCAGCAGGUUUUGAGUCUCAUGAAGAGCAAGCAGCCGGGGCUGGCCACCGAGAUGCGACCGUUUUUCAUUAAGAAAAUGGGGAAGGAACUCCAUCCGUUUGAUUUUACGGUGGAAAACGAGGCUGAGGAUUCUUCUGGCCGAGAACAUGUGGAGGGAGCGGGUAAAACUGGACUGAAGGAGGUGCCGGGGGGAGGGGACUCAUUGAUGCAGAUGAAAUCAAAUAAUCUUCAGGCCGAUGUGAAACACGUUGAGAGCCGUCUCCCAAGGUGCUCAGGAAUAACCAGCAACUCAUCAGAAAUCAGAAACGUUCUCAUGCGACUGCAUUACAAAUUCGAAGAGAUGCAAACAAAAUACGAGAAACUCCAGGAGCAAUCGACGAAAUCGAAGGACGCAGCCCUCCACAAGGAGCUACGAGAGCUGGAAGAUGAGCUCAAUGCAAAAGAGAGUGAAAUCAGUGCUGUGGUCGGUUUGUACAACGAGGUAAUGGCCCUGAAGUCACAGAUACAUGGUGCAUAUCACCAGAAGAAUAGCCUGCUCUGCAUGGCUGAAGACUACUCCGAAAGAAUUUCCCAGAGGUUCUACCCGAAUUACCAGAGACCCAGGACAUCAUCAUGUGGCGUGAAAACCCCCUCAACAUCCACGAGAUUGACUGGUUUGCUUCGACAAAUCCAGUCGUUCCAGCAGCAACUCAUAUCUUCAUGAAUAAUCUCUGAAUGAAAUAAAACAACGUUUAAUUUAACGUUUUAACACCGUUUAAAUAUAACAUUAAAAAAUGAGAAUUCACGAAACGAAACGAAAAAUUCACAUGAAUAGGUGAAUCGCCCAGUGGCCGAACGAAUUGAAAAAUGUUGGGUUUGUUAAAUUAAACUUUUUCCUUUGCAAAAUAAAAUAGAAUGGGAAGGAAAUCAAGGAGAAUCAUGUUCGUUCAACUACUGAAUAGUUUGACGUGUAAAUAAAAGAUGGAAUGAAGAAUAAAGGGAACAUUAGUCCAAAAUUCAUGACAUUAAUUACCCAAAACUCCAAUAAUCAAAACCCAAUGAUCUCCAAGUGCAGAUG